AUGCAAUUAUUUGUCAAGACACUCACUGGAAGAACUAUCACUUUGGAAGUUGAAUCUAAUGAUUCAAUUGAAAAUGUGAAAAGAAAGGUACAAGAUAAGGAAGGAAUUUCACCAGAUCAACAAAGACUCAUCUUUGCUGGUAAACAAUUGGAAGAUGGCAGAACUAUUAAUGAUUACAACAUUCAAAAAGAUUCAACACUUCAUUUGGUAUUGAGAUUAAGAGGAGGAAUGCAACUCUUCGUAAAAACCUUAACUGGAAAGACCAUUACUAUCGAAAUGGAAUCAAACGACACUGUUGAGAAUAUGAAACAAAAGAUAUUUGAUAAGGAAGGUAUUCCUUCAGAUCAACAACGUUUGAUUUAUGCCGGUAAACAAUUAGAAGAUGGCAGAACUAUUAAUGAUUACAAUCUUCAAAAGGAUUCAACUGUGCAUUUAGUAUUGAGAUUGAGAGGAGGUUAAACAACAUAGUAUCGUAGAUUCUCUCAAUUAUUGUAAAUAAAUUAUACUUUGAAUAGUG